AGUCCACCACCACACAAGAAGAGGCCCCCAGUCCCCAGCCAGUCCACAGCUCUCCACUCGAGAAACCUCCAGUCCAGCUCCACCCUUCGUCCAGAGGCACAACACACACACCAUGGCUCCCAGCAAGCUUGCGGUGGUCGUCGCCUUGGUAGCGUCGCUCCUCCUGCUCACCACCAGCAACACCAAGCUUGGCCUGUUCGUGCUCGGCCAGGCUGCUCCGGGCGCCUACCCACCACGGGCUCCUCCGCCGCACCAGAUCGUCGACCUCGCCAAAGACUGCGGGGGCGCGUGCGACGUGCGGUGCGGCGCGCACUCGCGCAAGAACAUCUGCACCCGGGCGUGCCUCAAGUGCUGCGGCGUCUGCCGCUGCGUGCCGGCGGGCACUGCCGGCAACCAGCAGACGUGCGGCAAGUGCUACACCGACUGGACCACGCACGGCAACAAGACCAAGUGCCCGUGACUCCUUGUCCUUGACGAGAGCAGCAUGAGUCCAUGGGCCCACUGGCGCCACGUUUUGUAUGAUCCGACCCCGUCGGCGUAGAUGUCCGAGCCUGUAGCUAUCUAGCUUAGAUGUACGAGGUUGAUGUGCUCUGCUGUUUGUUUUUUGCUAGUACUUCUAGUGUGUAUCUUUGUGUUGACGUUGAUGGGUCUGUGUUCCUGUGUAAAAAAAAAAAAGAAGAAGUGUGCGAUGCGUUUCGCGUAGCAGUAAAAUCCAUGCAUCUGGGUUGGA